AUGGAUAGCCAAGUUAGCGAACUUUUCAAGACUCAUAAAGUAGAAAGAGGAAAGGUGGAUAGUAGAAGAGAGUGCUACAAUAUUUACGUGCAUAAGCCAUGUGACUUUGUCUAUGACACUUCCGACAUAGUUGUACGUUAUUUCCCAGAAAAUGGUUCUAAAACAGUUAUUUGUAAGGAAAUACCACAAAGCAUCAAAGAAAACAUCUCUAAAUUCAAUAUUCUUGAAAUCAAAGAUUUUAUUGAAUUCUUUGAGGACAAUCUUAACGUAUUCUUCAUGGGAAAAGUUCCAGAAUUCAAACGAACAGGAGAAACUACUGAAAGCUUGGGAGAGGGAGAACUUCCAAAAGACUUUAAAUUUCCAGUAAGCAACAAUGUCACACCUAACCUGAAAUGUGACAUUUCAAUUACAAACAUACUUCUCAUCUGUUGUCUACAGCUGAAUAUGGUUGUAAAGUGCUCUAAGUGUCAGGAAGUAUCAAACAUUACAUUUAAUAAGCCAUGCAAAAGAUGUUCACAGGAAAUAGGAUUCAUUUAUGUGCCGACGGUUAGUUCUGAUUCGCUUGGCUUUCUCCAACUGAAAAAAUGUGAGUUCGUUUGUUUUAAUUCAAUUAGAUAUCAGUUCAAUUGUCAAGAAUGCCAAAAAAAUUACGAAUCUGAUGAAGUAAAUGUUGGUGGUGUAUUUAGCAGAAAAUGCAAUGGGUGUUAUAACGAAUUAAGGUUUAAAGUGAACAGGAUAGAUUUCUAUCAAAAGAAGGAUGUGAAAAUAAAGGAAGGAGAGGAGCUGCCAGGAAAAGGAGCAUGCAAACACUAUAAGAAAUCUUAUAGAUGGUUCAGAUUUAGUUGCUGUAAUUCAUUGUAUCCUUGCGAUGUUUGCCAUGAUGAACAGUCGGGGCACAAGGCAGAAAUGGCAUUUAGAAUGGUUUGUGGACUGUGCUCAAAGGAACAGAGCGUAAAACAGGAAUGCGAUUGUGGUAUGAAUUUGAAAAGAAAGCAUGCACAGUUCUGGGAAGGAGGAAAAGGAAAUAGGGACAGAAUCACAAUGAGCAGAAAAGACAGUAAAAAAUAUAAAGGAUAG